GUCAAGAUGGGAAAGCUUUGUUAGAUAAACUUCAGCGACCUCUGACACCUGGCAGUGCAGACUCACUGAUGGCAACAGCCAAUUAUUCAAAAGCUGUUCAUCAUGUCUUGGACAUUAUUCAUGAAGUCCUUCAUCAUCAAAGACAGCUUGAGAACAUCUGGCAGCACCGAAAGGUUCGACUUCACCAGCGACUUCAGCUUUGUGUUUUUCAACAGGAUGUGCACCAGGUAUUGGAUUGGAUUGAAAAUCAUGGAGAGGCCUUUCUCAGCAAACACACUGGAGUGGGGAAGUCAUUGCACAGAGCCAGGGCUCUACAGAAACGGCAUGAGGAUUUUGAAGAAGUUGCACAGGUGAGGCUGUGCAAAGCCUGAUUUUAAAAUA